AUGGCUUACAAUCCUCCUAGACGCAGGCAAGAUCUACCAUCUAUGCCCGAGAUUGUUCAAAAUAUUAUCAAAAACGUCGACAACCUUCCAGAUCUUUUGAACUGUGCCCGCGUCAGCAGGAUUUGGCAUGUGGAAGCGUUGAGGCGGCUCUAUGAAGGAUCUAUUCAUGACAUGCGAUUCCGUACACCUGACACGAGCUCACUCAAUUUUCUGCUCGAGGAAUCACGGGAAUGCUUCGCCCAAAACAUGAGCUUUGUGAAGCACCUCUUGGUCUGUCCGAUAACAUCCGGAGACGAUAGUUCUAGCAGCAGACACUAUCAAGCGGCGGGCUACCGCCGACUCCUUGAGCUGCUUCUUCAACCUCGAGGAAGGCGUCCUACCAGUCUCGUCAUCCCCUUCGAGUUCAUGGGCCAAGAUUUGCAGUUGCUUGCGGACCUCCUUCCCGCUCCUACCGUUGAGUUUCUGGCUAUUAAUCACGGCUAUUGCCAACUCGUUGCACCUCGGAUUGCUUCUGCUCAGGAUAAACUUUCAAAUCUCAAAGCUCUCACCAUCUACUCGUCCAAAUUCAUCGCCAACGUUGACAGUCUUUGUAGAUUGUUAGACAGGUGUAGUCUAAAAUUCUUCCAUUACUCGGCCCCUGCCCCUUUCGCAGCAAACAACGUAGCCAUACCUGAUGCGACGAGGUUAUUUGAACACAUUCGACGCCAUGGAAAUCUCGAGGCCUUGGUACUGAAUACGGCCCGUUCCUCCUGGGUGACUCAAGGGCCUGCAGGUAGCGCAUCCGAGGCAGCAAACCAGCAAACUCCAUGGCCAAGGCUGAAGUUGUUGCACCUCUCAAGUUGCACCGAAUAUUGGCUGAGAGAGCUACGGAAAUUCAACAACUUGACAUCUCUUCACUUGGGGCUGCCGGCGCCAUAUACCCCGGAUAUUGGCAAACGCAUAGGCGACGCUAUUAUCCCGUGCCGGCAUCUACAAGAGAUCAAUUUUGAACUUUGGGCGCUUGAAGAUUUAAACCUCAUCCUUGAGCUUGCUCGCGCCUGUCCGCUGUUACGGGGUGUCACUAUUCGGCUCGAUAACUUUAUAGUGAUUCCCCAGCUGACGAAACCCUUCUUGUUCGAUCUGUUGCGCGAGCUUCCUCGACUAGAGCUUCUUGACAUCCUUUAUCAAGGUUUAAAUUUUUGUAUAAAUGGAUCAGACCUUGCAAACAUUUCACUUUACUGCCCGCGGUUACAAGUCCUUUUGCUGCCUUGGGUUACAUUAUUCCUCUGUUACUUGGACAUAACCCGGUGCUAUCCACAAGAACGAUUGGAGAUUAUGGAGUUCAGCCGAGUGCUAUUGAGGGGUUGUUGGCGGUUAAUGACGCCAAAUCGCAUUCUGAUUGAGUGGCGCAGAUUAUUUCCCAGGCUGCGGGCGAUGCCAUGCGAUAUGGCAUCUUUUAGUUUCGGCGCAGACUGUGUGUCCUUCCCUUGUACUGUCAGACGUAGUGGGACUGGAGCGUCAACAGAGAAUGAGUCCGAUAAUGGUGCCGAUGAGGACAUGACCGACAAUACGCAAGUGGGCUUUCCUCUUGGCUACAGCCCUGACUGGGAAUCCUUUCCUAGAGAUUUUGGUGCUGCUCUUGGCUAUGAGGAAGAGGUUACCUUCGAAAUGCAUGAUAGGAUACGGCAUAUGUGGCGUACUAAUAUCGAGCUUGAGUUGGUUGGUUGGCCGGUGGUGCCUUUGGAGUCAUUCAUCGACCCAAACAGGCAGUCCUCAAUUCCUUGA